GCAGGGAUGCAGUCGUUGUUUUAUCCGUAUCUAGGGCAGUAGAUGAGGAUAAUCAGCCGGUGUGAGGCGAGAGGAAGCAGGCAGACCGGUUUAGCACGGUUCGGCACGGCUCGGAUCGCUCCAGAAUCCUGCUUUAAGCUCUGAUCGGUCAACAGGGUUUCAUUGUGGUUCGGCUGCAGGGGGCGCUCCAAUGCGGGAAAACCCAGGAUUCAUCUGAGAAGAGAAUCAUGGAGGGAAGAUGUGACGGUCCUGCAGUAUUGGAGUCCAGUUUGACUAAGAGGAAAAAAUCCGACGUUGGGAGGAGACUGGAAAUGACGGGGCACCAGAACCUGCAGGCUGCUUCAGGUUCUGCUCAGAAAAUCCCAGAAUCAGAGACUGAAGAGUCCAAGGAUCAGAGGACUGAUGGGUCGGAUCUUAGGAGAGUGGACAACAUCUGGAGGAAUUCGGAUCAUGCUUUUCCCCUGGAUGAACUCUCUGUUACUGGGAACGUCGCUGCUGCAGAGAAACGGUUCCUCGGUGACUCAAACGGAGACGGUGAAACUCCUCCCUGCAAACACAAGACGGAUUUACAGCCUGUUUGGAAAAGAGAUGAACUCCAGCCUUCGAAUGACCGAACAGAUGCUGAAAGACAAGCUUCAUCACAGACCAGACAGAGCAGCAAGGAAAACAUCUACCACUCAGUUCUUCACCAGCUGCUGGAGCUGCAGAAACAUAAGCCUGGCAGAAAGCACAAGAAGAAAACACUCAUGAAGAUGGCCAAACUGUUAGUAAUAACCAGGGGUUGGGAUCGCAGGGAAAACCAGAGAUUAAGUCUGGAAGAAGAGUCCAGCCUGAAGGAAGACAUUUUUAAUUCCAUGAGCAGAAAACACGCUCCUGGGGCUGGAAGAACCGAAUCCAAGCCUGAAAUCCAGAAAACAGCUCAAAAUCUUUCCCGACCAUCCGAUCCGAAUUCCAGUUUAAAUCCAGCAUCAGACGAGCAGAAGGAGUACAGAGAAAUCAGCUCAGAGUUUGUCAGGAAAGAAACAAAAAUCCCUCCUGACAGCAGAGAACAAGAACUCACCUCCCACUAA